AUGCCCGUCGGCACUCGAAGUGUACUUUUCCUCGUCCUACUCAUUCUGCUGAUGUUCGGAGGAAUUUCUGACGGGAGACCGGUCAGUUUUCUAUGGGAAAAUGUUUAUUGUUCAUUCAUUUCAGGUGGUGAAAAGUGGUUACAGCAAGAAUCAUCCGUUCCAUCUUGCGAAAGGAAACACAUCACAAGUAGGUUAUUCGAUUUGCGAACAUUCUAAGCCAAGAGCGAGUCAAUUUCGUUCGGGAAUGAGCAAAUUGAAAGCAGAGUGCUCUGCAAGUGCGCUCUAGCAAACUAUUGGCGGAAAAAAACAAAGAAUUUUGCUCAACGCUCUUUAAUUUCAGCCAUUUUCGCUGUACAGCUCUCAAAAUGCUCUAAAGCUCAUUUUCAGAACGAAGACGGAUUCUGGAACAACGUCUACUUUGUGAUCACCGCCAGCGACUCUUUCUUCGGCGGGUAA